CGUUUCACCGCAAAUCUUCCCCUUCCGGUUGUGAGUCGGACCUGAUUUACUCCGGUUAGCUACUUUAAAAGAAAGGAAUAUAGGAACGGUGGAGCGAUGGGUGAAAUCGCAUCUGUGAAUGAAACCGUCAAUCUCUCCAGCUGGCUGGGUGCCCUGGACAACAACUCCUCCCUAGAUCUGCAGUCGCAGAUACCAAGGCAGUCGGUGGACCCUUGGGAUGUGAUGUUGUGUAUUUCGGGGACCGUCAUCGCCUGUGAAAACGCACUGGUGGUAGCCAUCAUAUUCCACAGACCAGCUUUACGAACGCCGAUGUUUUUACUGAUCGGGAGCUUAGCAACGGCGGACCUCUUCGCUGGUCUUGGAUUGGUUCUGAAUUUCUUUUUUCAUUAUUUGAUUCGCUCAGAGACAAUCAACCUGAUCACCGUGGGGUUCUUGGUUGGCUCCUUCUCUGCCUCUGUGAACAGUCUGCUUGCCAUAACCAUCGAUCGCUACCUUUCGCUGUAUAACGCGUUAACCUACUACUCAGAAAGAACCAUAGCUUACAUUCACACCAUGCUGGUGGUGGCCUGGGGAGUUUCUAUCUGCCUGGGCUUGCUUCCGAUUCUGGGAUGGAACUGUUUGAGCGACCGGUCCACCUGUAGCAUCGUGAAACCCUUGACCAAGAUCAACUUAACGGUCUUAGCCAUUUUUUUCCUUUUGAACUUUGUUAUCAUGUUGCACCUUUACAUCAAAAUGUGCAAAUUAGUCUGUCGUCACGCCCACCAAAUUGCACUUCAACAACACUUCUUUGGGACGUCUUACUCGAUGACCACAAAGAAAAGUGUCUCCACGCUCGCCAUUAUUGUAGGGACCUUUGGGACAAGCUGGCUCCCUUUUGCCAUUUACUGCCUGGUUGGGGAUCAGAGUUACCCGGUAGUGUACACCUACGCCACCCUCCUCCCCGCCACCUACAAUUCCAUGAUCAACCCCAUCAUUUACGCAUUCAAAAAUCAGGAGAUCCAAAAAGCCACGUGGCUUUUGUUUUGUGGCUGUUUCCAGUCCGACUCUUCCUUCCAUGCCAGGUCCCCGAGCGAUGUUUAG